AUGGCUGCCACACAGGAGCAGCGAUGUGUAUACUGUAAUGAAAAUCAUCAGGUGUACACUUGCAGCAAGUUCGCUGCCUUAACUCCUUACGCUCGGUACGAAGCAUCAAGAAAUGGUGGUUGGUGUACUAAUUGUUUAAAAAGGAGCCACCGAUCGUCCAAGUGCACGUCUCAACCGUGCCGCAAUUGUAAGCAAAGGCACCAUACGCUUUUGCAUUUUGAGAAAGGUAAUAAUCCUUCUGAUCAAACUAAUGGACUUCAAGUUUCGUCACAUUUUGCUACGAGUACUACGAGCAUGCAUACUCAAUCAUCGUCACAAGCGGUAUUAGCCACUGCUAUCGUUGAUUUUGUUAAUAGUCAAGGUAAAACUAAACCUUGUCGUGUAUUUUUAGACGCGGGUUCUCAGGCACAUUUUAUAACUGAGGACGUUGCAAACUUUUUAAAUUUAGUUAAAAAGCCUACUAACAUUUUUGUCACAGGCAUCGAUAAUACUUCUACUAAUGUUAACUUCUCUGCACGUGUUACAUUGCGUUCUCGUGUCAGCAAAUAUGAAAAAACGACUGAUUUUUUAAUUAUACCUCAGAUCAGCCAAACGAUGCCUUCUAUUACUAUUAAUCAGGCUGCGCUCGACAUACCAAAAAAUAUCCAGCUAGCAGAUCCUGACUUCUUCAGGCCUUCCAAGGUAGAUGCAUUGAUUGGAGUUAAAUUAUUUUAUAAAUUGCUCAGCGUUGGGCAAAUAUUAUUAAAAAACCACCCUGAGGCGGUACUUCAAAAAACACAAUUGGGUUGGAUAGUUGCCGGUGAGUUCAAUCAAUUUCCUCAGGCUGCAAGUGUAUCUUGUCAUAUGGCUGUUCAGUCAGACCCUCCAGAUGUAAACUUAACUCGUUUUUGGGAGCUUGAGGAGCUUUCAGAUGCUGUGGUCCUGUCACCAGAAGAAAAGACUUGUGAAGAACAUUAUUCUCGCUAUACCAAGAGAAAUGCUGAUGGAAGGUAUGAAGUUAGAUUGCCAUUCAACAAUAAGAAGUCGGCUUUGGGUGAGUCUUACUCGUCUGCGCUAAGACGUUUCUAUGCAUUGGAGCGAAAGUUUCAGCAGAAGCCUGAUGUUCGAGAUGAUUAUGUGACUUUUUUGAACGAGUAUAUAUCUUUGGGACAUAUGUCACUGGCCAAUGAUCAAGAAGCAAAAAAUAAAGGAUUCUUCCUUCCUCAUCAUGCUGUUUUAAAGGAAGACAACGUAACUACAAAAGUUCGCGUUGUUUUUGAUGGUUCUGCUCGAACUUCUACCGGGGUUUCAUUAAACGAUACUCUCAUGUUUGGACCUAAACUACAAGAUGAUUUAUUUAUUAUUCUCAUGCGCUUUCGUUCUCAUACUUAUGUGCUUACUGCAGACGCUGAAAAAAUGUAUCGGCAAGUGCGUGUUAAUUACGACGAUGCCCAAUAUCAAAAAAUUCUGUAUCGCGCAUAUUCAAUUGAGCCUAUUCAGACAUAUGUGCUUAAUACAGCAACAUAUGGCACUACUAGCGCUUCGUAUUUAGCUAUUAAAACUUUAUUUAAAUUAGCUGAAGAUGAGCAAAAUAAUUUUCCUAUCGCAGCUCAAGUGCUGCGCAGAGACUUUUACGUGGAUGAUUGA